AAAAACUCAAACAAUAAUUUUUACGCAAUUAAUUAAGAGACUUUGGAUUCAAAAUUCAUUUAGUUAGUGAGGAAUGUUUCCUCGUAGUCCCGAUGUUUCGCUGGAAAUGUCUCAGACAAAUUCCGACUUACCAUUCCAACUGAAUGCCGAACACCUUCACACGCGAAUCCAAAACUUGCGAAAUGUCCCACGAGAAAAGCUCCCGGAACAAAUCGAAUGGAUUUCCUUCGAGACCAUCACUUUAACCACCAAUCAAAUUGACAUGUCAGACAAAUUCGGAAAGUGCGCGUUGCAUUAUUUGCUCGAGUUCUUCUUGGAUUUCAAGUACGAGGAUCACCGCGAAGGAGAUUUAGUUGAACUGAUAAUGAUCAAAAGUCGCAUCGAUUACAGUCGGUACCAAGAUGGCAUUGUUCUGGAAUUGCUGAAAAAAUACAACGUCAUAAAAUUUUACCAAUGGCAACUUUUAAACAACAAGGAAAACGCAUUUUUGCAAGAAACGUUGGAAGGACCGCAAAAAGAUUUAAUUUUACGAAAUCGAGAUAAUUUGGAUGAUUUGCUGCAAAUGGUGUUCGUUGUCGGCGCAUUAAGGACCCUUAAAGUACUUGUGGACUUGAUAAAAAAUUUCUACGGAGCGCGUUACCCGAUUUUACCGACAGCCGUUGAAUGGAGUGUCCUCGUGAAAGAUAAUUGCAAAAGCAAAUUUUAUCGUUGUUUCGAUUAUCUCCUAAGUCGUGCGGAUAUCGACAUCAAUGAGCCCGACAAAAAUGGGGAAACGGCAUUUUUUAUCGCUUGUCGCCUGAAUGACAGUUACAUGGUGAACGAAUUACUGAAACGAAAGCCCUUUAUCGCUGCGAAAAAUCCUCAAGGCAGCUACGCGAUCGUAGAUUUGCAGUUGGAAACACUUUCGAACAUCUUUGACGCCUGCAUAAUUUCGAAGCCAGACCAUUUGAUACAAGAUGAAAGAGCUUUCAAGAUCAUCAAGACAUUUUCUUUGAAAGUUCUGAACUUGGAUAAUCUCAUUUUCAUGGAUUUACGGAAUUUUUACCCGGUGAAAAAUGAAGAGGAUCGAAAUUUUAACGUUUUGGAGCUCAUUCAGUGCAUUGGAAGCACGAAAGAUUUGCGACUGAUGCUAAACCAUCCGGUCAUCGGUACAAUAAUCGACCUAAAAUGGCGAAAAUUGCGAUAUUACGUCCUUUUGAGGAUCCUGGGAGCUCUAAUUCCGAUAAUUUUGGCAUUUUUUCUGCGUGACUUCCGGAUGAGUGCAGCGGAAUUGACGUUUUUCAUGGUUUGUCUGGGAUUUUUGAUACUUUUUGAAUUUAUUUCGACCAUUUUGACGAUUUUAACGGAUCAUGGCAGUUUCUACUUGGGCACGAUGAACAUUUGUAUGUAUUUUACGCUCUUUAUGUUCUUCGCAACGAGCACUUGUCAAGCCGUUUGUCCAUCUGUGGUGGGAAUUGUGUGGAUUUUUACCGGAAUUUGCGUCAAUGGGAUCAUUUCCGUUUUUAAUAAGAAUGUCGCGCAUUACACGAUCAUGUUGAUGUACGUCGCUUACAAUAUCAUGAAGUUUCUGGUUUUCAACUCAUUUUUAUUACUUGGACUAAUUAUGAGUUAUGCUUCAAUUUUUUAUGAUCCUUCGAUGGCUACAGAGGAAGAAUAUGCGGAAAGUGAUGGAAAUGAGACUGCAGAUUCGUUCGGUGAAGUUCAAGAGCAGCAGCAAGUGGAAAAUAAUUAUUCGUUUAACGUUAAAUUGACACUUUUUAAGACUCUUGUCAUGCUGGUGGGUGAAAUUUGGGAUAAUGUUGAUGGUACUCGGAGUUUCCGUGUUUAUCUCGUUUAUGCGUUUUUGAUUUUUAUGUUGCCAAUUGUUGCUCUGAACUUGUUGAAUGGACUUGCGGUGGGAAAUGUCAAAGAUAUCUCGUCACAAGCGCAAUAUUGGCAUAGAAAAGUGCAAGCGAUGGUGUUGUACGAGGUGGAAACGAUGCUGCGAAAAAUUGAAAGUUUUGCUCGCAUCCCCUGGCCCGACGUCAAUUUCACCGCUCGUCUCAUCCGGGAACGUCAUUUUGUCGCUAUCAACACUACAAACGGCCUCGUAUAUUCCAUAGAAACCCUAACACGCCACAAAAAAGUCGGCAAACUGAACAAAGAUAUCAUCCAACCGUCCAUCAAGGUCAUCAAACGACGCGAAAGAUCACAAAAACAGAAAGAAAUCAGUGCCAUACGGAAAGGAAGCACUUCAUUUUGUCCACAUUGUUUCGAACAAUUAGCUUAA